AAUUAAAUAAAUCACUCUCUUUCUCUCUUAAAACCACCUCGCUCACUCUCUCAGCUCCUCAGCGACGGUACACCGUACUCUACGCUACACCCUCACUCUUCCUCUCCCACACCUUUUCAUCUUCUAUUUCUCAAUCGGUUUUGAUUCCUGUACUGUUAGCUUUGCUCUAGGGCUUAGGCAUUAUCAUGUGAAACCCUAGCACGGAGCUUGUUAGGGUUUCCAGUGAGAUUUGGAGCGGCGGAGGCGAGUCUAGGGUUCGGAAAUGGGAAAUUGCUGCAGAUCUCCGGCGGCGGUUGCCAGGGAGGAUGUGAAAUCGAACUUCUCCGGCCACGAUCACGGCCGGAGGGACUCCAACGCCGGCAAGAAGGCGCCGACGACGGUGCUGACCGGAGUCCCGAAGGAGAAUAUCGACGAGAAGUACCUGGUGGAUCGGGAGCUCGGGCGCGGCGAGUUUGGGGUGACGUACCUGUGUAUUGACCGGAGCUCGAGGGAGCUGCUGGCCUGCAAGAGCAUAUCGAAGCGGAAGCUGAGGACGGCGGUGGACGUGGAGGACGUGCGGCGGGAGGUGGCGAUAAUGAAGCAUCUGCCGAAGAACUCGAGCAUUGUGAGCUUGAAGGAGGCGUGUGAGGACGAGCACGCCGUGCAUUUGGUGAUGGAGUUGUGCGAGGGCGGCGAGCUUUUCGAUCGGAUUGUGGCCAGGGGGCAUUAUACUGAGAGAGCUGCGGCGGCGGUGACGAGGACGAUUAUGGAGGUUGUGCAGCUCUGUCACAAGCAUGGUGUGAUUCACAGGGACUUGAAGCCUGAGAAUUUUCUCUUUGCUAAUAAGAAGGAGAACUCGCCUCUUAAGGCUAUCGAUUUCGGAUUGUCUAUAUUCUUCAAGCCAGGCGAGAGGUUCUCAGAAAUUGUUGGUAGCCCAUAUUACAUGGCUCCUGAGGUGCUCAAGCGGAAUUAUGGGCCAGAAAUAGAUAUAUGGAGUGCUGGGGUUAUACUCUAUAUUUUGUUGUGUGGGGUUCCUCCUUUUUGGGCCGAGUCUGAACAAGGGGUUGCACAAGCGAUUCUUCGCGGGCUGAUAGAUUUCAAACGUGAUCCAUGGCCGAGUAUAUCAGAGGGUGCCAAGAGUUUAGUGAAGCAAAUGUUGGAGCCAGACCCAAAGCUAAGAUUAACUGCCAAGCAAGUGCUCGAGCAUCCUUGGCUCACAAAUGCCAAGAAAGCUCCAAAUGUUCCUCUGGGAGAUGUUGUUAAGUCAAGGCUAAAGCAGUUUUCCAUGAUGAACAGAUUCAAAAGAAAGGCUCUGAGGGUUAUUGCUGAUUUCUUUUCCAAGGAAGAAGUAGAAGACAUUAAAGAGAUGUUUAAGAAGAUGGACACUGAUAAUGAUGGCAUUGUUUCUAUUGAAGAGUUAAAAUCAGGACUUAAGAAUUAUGGAUCACAACUUGCCGAGUCAGAUGUUCAAUUGCUUAUAGAAGCCGUUGAUACUAAUGGAAAAGGAACUCUUGACUAUGGAGAGUUUGUUGCUGUUUCCCUCCACCUACAGAGAAUGGCCAAUGAUGAGCAUCUUCACAAGGCCUUUUCAUACUUUGACAAGAAUAGCAAUGGCUUUAUUGAGCCAGACGAACUCCGUGAUGCAUUGAUGGAAGAUGGCGCAGAUGAUUGUACAGAUGUAGCGAACGACAUCUUUCACGAAGUGGACACAGAUAAGGAUGGGCUUAUCAGUUAUGACGAAUUUGUUGCCAUGAUGAAGACUGGGACAGAUUGGAGAAAGGCUUCUCGGCAUUACUCAAGAGGGAGAUUUAACAGCCUAAGCAUAAAGCUGAUGAAGGAUGGUUCAAUAAAUUUGGGGAAUGAGUGAAAACAUAGUCGGCAAAGUUGGUCGUCGGACAUUGAUGCAAAAGAAUAGUGGAUCUUCUCCUGCACAUCAGCUACUUGCUUUCUUUUGUGAUUAUUGCUGUAGAGUCCUUUUUGUUUAGAAGUGGGACUCGUUUUUCUUCGGUGCCAUACAAGGAUCAUGGAGGUUGACUGCCUUCACUUGUGUAAAACAGGCUACGAUGUAGGUAUGGCACACCACGUAUGAUUCUCUCCAAUCUUGUGCACGUCUACUCUUCUGUAGCUCUAUUUUGGUUGAUGAUAUCGGAUUGAACCGUCUUUGUAGUGUGGUAUAUUUUAAGAGAAAUAUGAAUGCCAGGCCAUCGUGUUCUAGGCGUG